UGUGCGGGAUGUUUGGGGGUUCUUCAGGCUGCCAGGUUGUCAUUGGGGAUCGCCUUCAAGGAAAAAGGCAGGAAGCCCAGGCACGUGCUUUCACACAGACGCAGGCCCGAGGACUGACUGGUAUCAAGGAGAUAAUCGAUUUCAGGAAUGAAAAGUGGUUGGAUUCCAUGUGCUCAGAAGGAAUCUAAAACAAGCCUUCAAGUUGAGCUCAACUCAUGUGCCCGUGACCAUGAGGGAUAAAGGUUACUAGUCCCUCCUGUAUAGUCAGCAUUCAGCAAAUACCUGUGGACUGAAUUAUGACUGGAAUGAAGACUCAAGAUGGAAAAAUAUGUGUCCCCUGUGAUGGGGCCCUGAGAAGCUGGGACAAGGGGGUGUAUUGGGUGACUGCCCUGAGACCCUGAAAUGAUGCUGGAAGGGUGAGUGCCUGAGGGAUUUGCCCAGGUGCUCCAGUCUCCCCUCUUCACAGGCUUGGGACAUUCAGUCAGCCAAGUCUCCUGUGAAAUUUGCAGGAGGCUGGGCUGACACUCACCAUCCUAUACAGAACCCUGCCUGCCCCAGCUGGAGCUCUGCCUGGAAGUGAUAACGCUGACUGAUUACUUCAAGACCAUGACUUGUUAAAUCCAGGAGGUCACAGGAAGGAAGUAAAAGACUGAAGUGGGUCAUUUCGAUGAGGGAAGUGGAUCUCGUCCAGCCUCUCUGUGAGGUCCCUGACAAAAUACAACAAAAUGCUAUUUUCUUGGCCUUCUGGGCUGGGACAGCUGCAACAGGACUUCAUACACCUGAAUCUUCCAAUGGAUCUGGCUUGUCUGUUCUAAGGAGUUGUGGCUUGUGGUGGCCCCGGGCACAGUGCUAUGAUGUUUAUUGUACAAAAACAGGAAGGGGGGACUCCCUUGGGAUUAGCCUUCUCAUGUCAGUUUGCUUGGUCCACUGUGUUUGUUGCUGAAAACUUCAGCUACUCAAAUUUCGGUAUUUUUGCCACACAGAUGACUGGUGGUAUACUGGUGAAGGGUAAGUCCUUAGGUGCAGGGUUUUCUUAUAGAUGAGUGAUCUCCAGUGUCUUCCAUUGAGAAUCAUUGCCAUAGUGAGCCAUUGUUACUUAUAGAGUGUGCUCUAUUGUUUAUGUUUAUUGGGGUGGAAAAGGUUGAGGGUCACUAUGUAAAACACAGAAGGUGAUUUGAAGAUUCUCCCUGUAGAAUCUGGACCAUGAGUCGCCCCAGGGUUCCUUUCUCUAGAAUAUGGAAGGUGGUUUCUCCUGGGGGAAAUUUACAUGGAGAACUUAUAGGGAAAUGAGCUACAAGUUUCUAUCCCAUGGCCUUUGCUGUCUCUGGUCUCUUUGUCAGGACCUAGUGGAUCUGAGUGGCACUGAGGAGCCUGGCUAGGAUGUGCAUGGCGUGGAAAAGGAGGGUACUGGUGGUGGAAAUGUAGUAAUCUUUUUCUGGUGUGCGCAAUAGGAUAGCAUGCAACCAAAAAAUGUAUCCCAGUGAAGCAAUGGGACCAAUUCACCAAGUGGGCUAAGAGGCAUCAUGGUAAAGAAGUACUUUGGGUUCUGAUGGACAGCAAGUCUUGCCAUGUCCUCAUGAAACUCUUCUAAGAGCUAUUUUCUUUCCAGACUACUGUUAUAAUAGUCUUCAGGUGAAAUGCCAUCGUUCCACUCUGCCGUUGUCAGCUGGAAUGGAAUGGGGGUGGAUACAGAGGGUUCUGGGACCCUUGUCUCUCAGAGAUAAUGACAACAGAGUCCUGACUGAAGGUAUCUCCCUGAAACAUGAAUUGCUGUGGAUGAGUGGGGUACACAAGGAUGGAUGCUGUGGGGACAGUGGGUACCUGCGGUGCCAGGCCCCCUACCUCAUUCCCCAUGAAUGCUGUGGAAAGUCCCGAGGGGCAAGAGCUCCAAAAGAUGGGGAGUGGAGCCUGGGACAACCCUGCCUACAGUGGUCCCCCCUCCCCACAUGGGACACUGAGGAUCUGCACCAUCUCCAGGGCAGUGCCCCCCCAGCCCCAACCCAAAAAGCCUGAAGAUGGAUCCCAGGAGAAGGCCUAUAGGACCCUGGUAUCCAGCUGCUGCUUCCAGAUCUGUCGUGGCAUCAGAGGACUUUGGGGAACAACGCUGACUGAGAACACAGCUGAGAACCGGGAGCUUUACGUCAAGACCACCCUGCGGGAGCUGUUAACAUACAUCGUGUUCCUGGUGGAUAUCUGUUUCUUGACCUACGGAAUGACAAGCUCCAGUGCCUAUUAUUACACAAAAGUGAUGUCCGAGCUCUUCUUACAUACCCCGUCAGACACCGGAGUCUCCUUCCAGGCCAUCAGCAGCAUGGCGGACUUCUGGGAUUUUGCCCAGGGCCCACUACUGGACAGUUUGUAUUGGACCAAAUGGUACAACAACCAGAGCCUGGGCCAAGGCUCCCACUCCUUCAUCUACUAUGAGAACCUGUUGCUGGGGGUUCCAAGGCUACGGCAGCUGAGGGUCCGCAAUGACUCCUGUGUGGUGCAUGAGGACUUCCGCGAGGACAUUCUGAGCUGCUACGAUGUCUACUCUCCAGACAAGGAAGAGCAGCUCCCCUUUGGGCCUCUCAAUGGCACAGCGUGGACAUACCAUUCACAGGAUGAGCUGGGGGGCUCCUCUCACUGGGGUCAGUUGACAAGCUACAGUGGAGGUGGCUACUAUCUGGACCUUCCAGGAUCUCGACAGGCCAGUGCAAAAGCACUCCAGGACCUUCAGGAGGGCCUAUGGCUAGACAGGGGCACUCGAGUGGUCUUCAUCGACUUCUCAGUCUACAAUGCCAACAUCAAUCUUUUCUGUGUUUUGAGACUGGUAGUGGAGUUUCCAGCUACAGGAGGUGCCAUCCCAUCCUGGCAAAUCCGCACGGUUAAGCUGAUCCGCUAUGUCAGCAACUGGGACUUCUUUAUCAUUGGCUGUGAAAUCAUCUUCUGCAUCUUCAUCCUCUACUACGUGGUAGAGGAGAUCCUGGAGCUCCACAUCCACCGGCUUCGUUACCUCAGCAGCAUCUGGAACAUUCUGGACCUGGUGGUUAUCUUGCUCUCCAUUGUGGCCGUGGGCUUCCACAUAUUCCGAACCCUUGAGGUGAAUCGGCUGAUGGGGAAGCUCCUGCAGCAGCCAAACAUGUAUGCUGACUUUGAGUUCCUCGCCUUCUGGCAGACACAGUACAACAACAUGAAUGCUGUGAACCUCUUCUUUGCCUGGAUCAAGAUAUUCAAGUACAUCAGCUUCAACAAAACCAUGACUCAGCUCUCCUCCACGCUGGCCCGCUGUGCCAAGGACAUCCUGGGCUUUGCCAUCAUGUUCUUCAUCGUUUUCUUCGCCUAUGCCCAACUUGGCUACCUGCUUUUUGGAACCCAAGUGGAAAACUUUAGCACUUUCAUCAAGUGCAUUUUCACUCAGUUCCGGAUCAUCCUUGGGGAUUUUGACUACAACGCUAUUGACAAUGCCAACCGCAUCCUGGGACCUGCCUACUUUGUCACCUAUGUCUUCUUUGUCUUCUUCGUGCUUCUGAACAUGUUCCUGGCCAUCAUCAAUGACACAUAUUCAGAGGUCAAGGAAGAGUUGGCUGGACAGAAGGAUGAGCUGCAACUUUCUGACCUCCUGAAACAGGGCUACAACAAGACCCUACUGAGGCUGCGUUUGAGGAAGGACCAGGUUUCAGAUGCACAGAAGGUCCUGCAGGGUGGGGAGCAGGAGAUCCAAUUUGAGGAUUUCACCAACACCUUGAGGGAACUCAGGCACGCAGAGCAUGAAAUCACUGAGCUCACAGCUGCCUUCACCAGGUUUGAUCAAGAUGGGAAUCACAUCCUGGACAAGAAAGAGCAAGAACAAAUGCAACAGGACCUGGAGGAGAAGAGGGUGGCCCUCAACGUCGAGAUUGAGAACCUGGGCCAGCCCAUUGUGAGUAGUCCACCAGGCAAGUCAGGUCCAGAGGCUACCAGAGCAGGUGGCUGGGUUUCAGGAGAAGAAUUCUACACACUCACAAGGAGAGUUCUUCAGUUGGAGAUUGUCCUGGAAGGAGUCAUGUCCCAGGUGGAUGCUGUGGGCUCAAAGCUAAAGAUGCUGGAGAGGAAGGGGCAGCUAGCUUCCUCCCCAGGCCUGGGAGAUCAAGGCAUUUGGGAGCACCUGCAGCAAACCCCAGCUGUGACUCCAGCCCCCUGGGGAGUCCAGGGUGGGCAGGAGAGUGGUGGGGGAGGGGCCCUAAAGCAUCAGACAGCAGCCUCCUCUCUCAUUGCCUCCCCAGAGACCUCCUCAGGACAUGCCCUCCACUUCUAGGGCAGCAGUUCCCUCCACUGCUACUGCAGAGUCCCACCCUGUGUUUGGCCUCUUGAACCAAUGUUUCUACGUGUAGCUUGCAUCAUGCUUAGGCUUGUGACUCAGUGUUUCUAUGUGUAGCCAUGUAGCUCUGUGUAGCUCUUUGAGAUAACAUUUGCCACUGGGCCCCUCACUCCCUGUGCUCUCAGCUCUGCUGUGAUGAAAAAAAAAAAGUUAAUAAACAGAAUAAAGGAAGGGAGGGUUAUGUUCCCUAAGCACCUGGCAUCUGGAUAGCCACGGUUUGUGAAAAAAGUAGAAGCCUAGAGAGCAGCAUUCUCUAAAUGUCUUCCUAUUUGCCAGUGAAUCUUAUCCUUUGUGCAUCUAGAGAUCUGCUGCUAGUACCCAUGGGAUUCUUGUCUUCCUCAUAGUUUCCAGGUGAAAGAGAAGGGGAAGCCUUGGAGGAGAGGAAACUUUCUCACAUGUGGAGAUUAUAAUGUUGCAGAGGUGUUGGAAUGCCCCUCCAUCCAGGGCAAAGACCAUGAAGGCUCAGUUGAGGAGGCUGCUCACGACAUUCCACUAAACACUGGGAACUGACAGGGCUGUAAACAGGGACAUAGAUGGGGCCUUAGGAGAAUCAGACAAAGAAAUGAUUUCUGGAUUCAGAGAUCUUUGGAAUAAAAUGUGGUGGGCUCUGACACUAUUCUUGCAAAGGACAUAUGGGUUUCUCUGGUGACUAUCAAUAAAAAUCCUUAGAAAAAUCA